UCAGAUGUCACUAUCUUUCCUUCAAAAAGACGCAUACUCGAAUUCCCUCCUUACCUUCCCUUUCUGUAUUAUUUAGAUCCGUUUACAAGUUAGGAACCAUAACUCGGAUCCAGAAUCGUUCCCCUAACCCGAGUCACCAACUCAUGGCACGAACAUUUACUCUCCUCAUCCUAUUCCUACACACUCUGCAUCUCGUUCCUUGGAUCAUCGCCGGCGACGCCGAAUUCCUCCGUAUCCGCCACCAUGACUCUCGUCCCGCCAUGGUUCUUCCUCUUUUCCUCACCGCUCCCAAUUCAUCCACCUCAGUGCUCGAUCCUCGUCGCCAGCUCCACGGAUCGGAAUCCAAACGCCACCCUAACGCUCGCAUGAGACUCCACGACGAUCUCCUCAUCAACGGGUACUACACAACGCGGCUUUGGAUUGGUACUCCUCCGCAGAUGUUUGCUCUUAUUGUUGACACGGGGAGUACUGUUACAUAUGUUCCCUGCUCCACCUGCGAACAAUGUGGCCGGCAUCAGGAUCCAAAGUUUCAGCCAGACUUGUCAAGCACCUAUCACCCUGUCAAAUGCUCAAUGGAUUGCAACUGCGACGAUGACAGGCUGCAAUGUGUGUAUGAGAGACAGUAUGCUGAAAUGAGUACUAGUAGUGGUGUCCUCGGAGAGGAUGUCAUAUCCUUUGGAAAUCAGAGUGAGCUUGUGCCACAGCGUGCUGUUUUUGGCUGUGAAAAUGUUGAGACUGGCGAUCUUUAUAGUCAACAUGCUGAUGGCAUUAUGGGUUUGGGCCGAGGAGAUCUUAGUAUCAUGGAUCAGCUGGUUGACAAAAAUUUGGUGAGUGACUCAUUCUCACUAUGCUAUGGUGGAAUGGAUGUUGGUGGGGGCGCAAUGGUUCUUGGCGGCAUAUCUCCCCCAUCAGACAUGGUCUUUGCAAACUCAGAUCCUGUGCGCAGUCCCUAUUACAAUAUUGAUUUGAAGGAGAUACAUGUUGCGGGGAAGCGACUGCCUCUAAACCCAAGUGUUUUUGAUGGAAAACAUGGAACAGUCUUGGAUAGUGGCACAACUUAUGCAUACCUACCAGAAGAAGUAUUUCUUGCAUUUAAAGAGGCUAUUGUGAAGGAACUUCAAUCUUUCAAUCAAAUCAGUGGUCCAGAUCCAAAUUACAAUGAUUUAUGUUUUUCUGGUGCUGGAAUUGGUGCCUCACAACUCUCUAAAAAUUUUCCAGUGGUUGACAUGGUGUUUGGAAAUGGUCACAAGUACUCACUGUCACCUGAAAAUUACAUGUUCCGGCAUUCAAAAGUAAGAGGUGCAUAUUGUCUGGGAAUUUUUCAAAAUGGAAAGGAUCCAACUACUCUUUUAGGAGGUAUCGUUGUCCGAAACACUCUUGUUAUGUAUGACCGCGAGCAGACAAAAAUUGGUUUUUGGAAAACCAACUGUGCUGAGUUAUGGGAAAGACUGCAGAUAUCCAUGACCCCACCACCAACCUUUCCAAAUACAGAAGCAAUAAAUUCUACCAAUUCAGUGGGACCCUCAGUUGCUCCAUCUGUUUCACAACAUGGGAUACCUCCAGGUACAUUCCAAAUUGCACAAAUAACAGUAGUACUUUCAUUUAACAUCAGCUACGGGGAUAUGAAGCCUCACCUUACUGAAUUAGCUGGACUAAUAGCUCAUGAGUUAGAUGUUAAUACUUCCCAGAUCCAGUUACUGAAUUUUACCUCUUUUGGAAAUGAUUCCCUCUCUAGAUGGGCCAUAACCCCAAGGCCACAUGCUGAUUACUUUUCUAACACCGCUGUAAUGAGUAUAAUUGGACGGCUUGAACACCACAUGGAACUUCCCAAUACCUUUGGAAGUUAUAAGUUGAUUGAUUGGAAUGUUGAGCCUCUAUCAAAAAGGAAUUGGUGGCAGCGACAUUAUAUGGUUGUGGGUUUAGUUGUUCUGCUUACUUUGCUUCUAGGAUUAUCAACAUAUGGAAUAUUCUUAAUUUGGAAAAAAAGACAGCAAAGUGAGCAUUCAUACAAGCCUGUUGAUGUGGCUGUUUCUGAGCAAGAACUCCAGCCAUUAUGAGCUAAGUUUAUGAUACUGCCGCUUCAUAUUAUGCUUCGUUCGUCUCAGUAGCAUAUUCAGUUGCUAUCGAAAGCAGUUUACACAAACCUUAGUCACUGAGCUGCUCAAGUUUUUUAUUCGAAAGAAAUCAGAAUGUCCACAAUAUACAAUGAUCAUUGAACCCUGACAAAGGUACGUAAAAAACUCUAGAUAUUCUAUCAUCUGUAAAGGAAUUUUGGUUGUGAAUAUUGUAAUAUACAGGGAAACAAAGGCUGGCAUCACAAGGUUGAAAUACAAUUUCCAAAUUCCAUAUAUUGUAACUUUUACAUUUCACUUAACCUGUUUUGUUUACCAAGAA